UUUCUAGUUCAGUUCGUCGAAAGAGUAACUUAUUUACAGUAUUGAGUAUACAUUAUUCUCCGAGUAAAAAAGUUUCUUAUUUUUUAUUCAAUUUUUAUUAUUAGAGUAAAAUUAAAUACAAAAUACAAAUUGUGAUUCAUUUUUUAAUGUAAUUGUUAAAUUUUAUACUUUUUAUUUUGAAUUAUAUACUGUUAAUUAAAAAGGAUCUAUUCAUAUACAAACACUGAUCCUUGGUGCAAUGAUGACAUGUUAACCAACAACGAAUUGUUAUUACUAGCAUUAUUAGCUGAAGACUCCUCACUUGACCAUCUUGAAUGGACCGCGAUUUUGCUGCUGUUAAGUACCCAAAAUCAACUAUCUGAAUGUAGUUCCUCAUCGUUAUCAUCACAUCAGUCGAUGGAACAACGUCCAUACUUUGGCCAACGGGACGGUCACAUUAGAGAUGCAUUACUGGAAAAAGAGCUGGACUGGCUGGCUAAGGAAGACCGUGGCAAAAGGUUACGUGUUGAUAGACAGACAUUUCACAAAUUAUUGUCGAAAUUGCACCCAUACAUGGCUAAAGUUAAAAACGGACUAAAAGUGAGUGCUGCUAGACGUUUGACAGCAACUCUUAGAUUUCUAGGUACCAGCUCUACAUUACAAGAAAUUAAGGUUGAUACCCACAUAUCACCUCAAAUGUUAGCAAAGAUCAUUGUAGAAACUUGUGACUGUAUUAUAGAAGCACUCAAAGACUACAUUAAGUGCCCUCAAACAGAAGAAGAAUGGAUGCUAGUGUCAACAACUUUUGAACGUACUACAAGAUUUCCAUCAUGCUUAGGUGCUGCAUGUGCGCGUCAUAUUGAACUUCGUAAGGCAUCUAAAGCAGAUUCAGAUUAUCUUAAUGAACGCCGUCGACCAAGUGUUUUACUAUCAGCCGUAGUUGAUUCCAACUAUGAGUUCCUCUUGGUAGAUACUUGCCCAAGUGGGCAUCUUUCUGAAGAUAAUCCACCAAAUACAAUUUUAGAACGCAAAUUGAGAAUGACUAAGUUACCAUGCCAGCUAAAUUCUAAUCAGUUACCUUACGUAUUUGUAGCUGAUGAAUGUUUUAAACUUCAAGAAAAUUUUAUGGUGCCCUAUAGAGCAGUGAAUGAUAAAGGCGGGGACGCUAAUAAACUUUUUAAUAGACAAUUAGUCAGAGCCAAUCAAAGGGCUGCCAAAACUCUGGCCAUUAUGGCAUGGAGGUUUGGUGUACUUCAAACACCUGUUAACUUAGAAGCAAAAAAAGUACAAAUCAUCGUUAAAGCCUGCUGUUAUCUUCACAAUUUCUUUAAGCGCGAAAGUGCUUAUUAUAUAGACAGUAAUAUGGAAGCUGUUAUUAAAGCAGAUAUGGCUCCAAUUGUGUGGGGUCCAAAUACUACGGUCAUACCCCACAUCAAUAAUUUUGAUAGUGACCCACAAUAUGUAAGGGAUAGUUUUUCAAAAUAUUUAUACACAUUAUCUAAACAUCAAACACGUGUCUGUAAAUAAUUUUUAUUCAUAAAACAAUUUAGUUGAUUUUUAUAGUUAAUUUAUCUAAUUAAACAAACUAUUAAAUAUAGUACUGAUUAUUUUAUACUAGUCUAUUUGAAAUUUUACAAUUAGUAAAGUUAUCAAAUUUUAAAUUAUUUUUUGUAUAAUAUAGGUAGAUAUACUUGAUGUAUAAUGUUGACGCCUUGUCUUAAUAAAAAUUCCUUAAUUAAACUAAAGUUAGGUUGGUUCAAAAUUAAAUUAAAUUAAUAAAUAAAUAAAAAAUAUAAGAAAAUAACAGUUUAAAAUUGUUUAUAAUAUAUUCAUUGGUAUUGUAUGUUUAAUUGACUGCAAAAUUAUAAAUAUAACACUAGGGUUUAAUGACUGAGAUUACUAACUGGUUAUACAUAGGAGGUCUUCCAUUAUCCAUUCUUGCCAAUUUUUAAACUUGUUUAUACUAUUUGUACUAAUAUACAUUUAAUGUUAUUAUUAUUUUUUUUACCUUACCAAAAAAAUGUACCAAUGUUAAUUACAGGGUGUGCUGGUUUGUACAGUAUAAUUCAAUAUGUUUAUACGCGCAAUUGCAAUUAUUAAUUUAAUCUAUUAAAAUGUGAUAAAAUCAGCUUCAUUAUUACAUUUCAGUAUAUUACAUAACCUAUCCCUGUAUUUAAUUUUAAACAUAAAAUUCAGAAAAUUAAUUAAAAGGCGGUGUAAAUAAAACGAUUCAUCUAAAUGUAUACUUCUAGCAUAAUAUAAUUAUAUAAUGCUCGUAUCAGAUUCUUUUUUUAUACA